AUGACCGAGGUUUCGUCGACCCGCCUGUACCUGGGCAACCUGCCCCGGCAUGCUACCAAGGCCGAUGUCGAGGCUCACUUCGCGACCCAUGGCACCGGUGAGAUUACCGAGAUCAAGCUCAUGAAUGGUUUCGGUUUCAUCGAAUACAAGGAUGCCAUGGACGCCCGGGAUGUCGUUCCAGCUUUCCACGGAUCCGACUUCAUGGGUGAACGUCUUACUGUCCAGUUCGCCCGCGGCACGCGACAUCGCGAACAAGGCAGUGGAUACAACCACGACCGCGGCAGCGCUCCCCGGCCUCGCCGCACUCCGCACCGCAUGCAGAUCACUGGACUUCCCAAUGAUACCAGCUGGCAGGAUCUCAAAGAUUUUGCCCGACAGUCUGGCCUUGAUGUCGUCUAUUCGGAGACCAACCGAAAUGGCGGCAAUGAAGGCUUUGUCGAGUUUGAAACUGCUGCCGAUCUGAGAACUGCGGUCGAGAAGCUGGACGGUCGCGAGUUCAAGAACUCCCGUGUGACCUGUGUCGCCAAUACUCAGCCUGAUAUUCCCAGGAUUGAUCGGGCCCGCUCGCGUUCUCCGCGUCGCCCGUAUCCGCCCCCCAUCGAUGACUAUGACCGCCGCGGCCCUCCUCGUGGAUAUAGCCCACGGAGGGAUGGUUACCGGGAUGGUUACCGUGAGCGAACCCCACCCCCUCGUCGGGACUAUUAUGAUGACAGGAGGGGAGGCUACCGUUCUCCGCCCCCGCGCCGUCCGCCUAUCGAUGACUACCCGCCUCCGCGUGGGCGCUACGAUGACCCCUACCGCGGCCCCCGGGACUAUCCCCCUGAUCCGUACAUGAAUGGGCGCGCCCCGUACCACGACCGUCGUCCUCCCCCGCCGGACUUCCCGCCGCGUGACCCGUACGCGAGGGAGCCGUAUCCUCGCGACUACGACCGUCGCUACUAAGGAGCUGGGGCAGUAGUCAUUAGGCGGCGAUGUGCGAGUUGGUGAUGAGUUUUGUAUGGAUCUAUCACGAAUGGUUAUUUUUCUCAUUGCCCUGGAUUGUUCCAGAAAUUAGUCAGGAGCUUACAUCCCGGGUGUUUUCCGUUUCUCUUUUGUCUCGUUCUCUUCUUCCGUUUCCUUUCUCUCUUUCCACCUCUCGGUGUCUGGCGCCUCAUUGCUAGGGAGGAAUGCAGCCAUUGCCACGGUUCCGUCCUCCCAGCCUCGGUUUGGCGCUGCGCAUUGAGCGGGUAGGCUGGUAGGCUUGGGACGGUCUAUGUAUGAUGAAGUGAUCAGAGACCAGAUUGGCUCCUGAUCACUGGUUCACGCCGUGUAUCACAAUGUUGAAUGAGUACCGACUUAUCACGCAGUUAUCUGCCAUGCAUCCCGUG